GUUUUAUCGACUCAUUCUUGCCUGAAGACUACAAAGAUGGAAAUACUAUUGAGGUAAUUAAAAGUGGUCCUAAGACCUGUUUCAAACGUCGCGCUUCUCAUGUGCCGAACGCAUUAGAAACAAUAUAUAAUCAGCUGCACAUUAUCUACAGUAUUGUUUCUAAAGGCCUGAUUCCACGGGCGCUUUUUCUCGGCGAAAUGCGAAAUAUUUCGCCUGUUUCUUUUGAAUUGUGAGCAAUCAAGCAGAAAUAAUUUAUUCGAGUAGUCGCAAUUCAAAAGAAACGGGCGAAAUAAUUCGCAUUUCGCCGAGAAAAAGCGCCCGUGGAAUCAGGCCUUAAUGCGUUCGGCACACAAGAAGUGUGACGUUUGAAACAGGCCUAAGCCGAUUUAUGAACACCGAGCAUACUUUCUUGAUUUAUAUUAAAAACUGAUUGUAAACAGUUCAGUGGCAGAAACGAACCACAACUGAGGAAGUCAUCAUGUUUUAAACGGACAAUGAUUUCGCUCGCUAUAAAGUAUAAAAUAAAUGAGUGAAACAUGUUACAUCUCAAGCCGGGCUAGGCAUAUAGUGUUUAUCUCGACAACUACUGGUCAAUAUGAUGACAUCAAAACUAUACCUUUGUAGCUGUUUUAAAUUUGGAAUUGGGUAAAACAUUUUAAACAUCUAUUUGUUGCUAUUCAGUUAUACCCAAGAAUCACUGGCGUUCCUAGCCUGAAAGAAGGGUGGACACACUCUAGGCCACGCCAAUGCCAGGAAUAGUUUUAUGAGCACAUUUACUCAGGUCAAAAAAUUUUCCAAGAUGGCGGCAGCUCAUUAUUUUCAAUCAAUUUUCAAUAAAAAUAUUUCAAGAAGUGUAAGAAGUUUUCUACGUGAUUUAAAAGUUCUUUCAAAUAAAACAAACUAAUAUUUCUUGUCAUAUCCCUUAAACCCAAUUCACAUGAACUGAUUUUCUACGACAAAUUUGUGUGACAAUUUUUGCGUGCAAGUCCAAUUUGUUGCAAAUUGUUCACAAUUUGUGGCAAGUUGUCCAUAAUUUGUGACAAGUUAUCCAUGACCGAAAACAGCCAAGUUGCUGUGUACACGAGAAAAAAGUUGUUGAAGAAAAUUUGUUCGUGUAGAAAAGGCUUUCGUAAUGACAAAAAGAUAUGGUUCGUAACCAAACCGUUUUAAAAUAUUAAAACAUCUUUGUUUAACAGUCAGACCCAGCCGAGUUGAUUGAAACUGCAAAACGGGCUUUGGCAAAAGGAGAAUUAGAGGUCGCUGAAAAAUACUCGGUUAAGGCCAUGCGGACAGUUAUGUUGGACAACUCAUACAAAAGAAAUCCAGAGCCGUAUCGCUACUUAGCUGAAGUCCUAGAGAGGAGAGCAGAAGACAAAAAUUUGGAGUUGCCGCGGAGACAACGAUUUCUGCUUCAAGCUGCAUCAUUGUAUAACUUUGUGCGCAAUUUUUUAAAAACAGAGGACGUGGAAGGCGAAUUGUCGAAAACGCUGUCGAAAAUCGUCUCUCGUAAGUUACUUGAUAUCCAAGACAACAUGGUUGAAAUGGUUGGAGGAAAUCCUCUUCACUGUAAAUUUAAUUCAGAGCUUAAAGAAAAUGAGCUGAAAAAUUUAAGGAAUGAGGUAAAAAAGUCGUUGGAGUCUAUAGAGUGCCGUAGAUCGUCUAAGAACACAGAAUCAUCGAACAAAUGUGAUGUGCGACAGAUGCUCAAAGAUGAAACCGAGGAGAUAGAAAGACUAUCUGAUACAAUUUCGGUUGGAAUGAAGCUGUUCUUGGCAACGAUAAUUAACGAAUGUUUGGAGUUACUUGGAACACCACCUUGUGAUCAUGAAGUCAUUGUCCUUGGGUCUUUAGCGAGAAAUGAAAUGACGCCAUACUCCGAUUUCGAAUGGGCUAUUCUCACAAACUCAGAAGAGGAAGAAUGUAAAGUUUUCUUUCGAAAUUUAACAAACCUGGUUCAUUUGCAGGUAGGCAGAGUCUUUGUAGUCGUAUAA